AUGUAUCUGCAGUGCAAAAAAAGUUCAAAGCCUCGGAGCAACGCCUUCACAUUGGAUUACGCGCAGUUUUACUUUAGAGCGGUGCCAAUUAGUGGCCAACAGCAGCAACAACAGCAGCAGCAACAGCACCAGCAGCUCGUGCAGCAGCAAUUGCUAGCCCAGCAGCAGCAGCAACUGCAGAUCCAGCAGCUGCAGCAACAAUUGCUGCUGCAGCGACUCGAGCGUGAGUUGCAGCAGAACUACUCGUGUCUGCGGCAACGUUGGCUCACCGACUACGCAGCCCCCCACCAGCAGCAGCAGCAUCUGGUCCAGCAGCAGCAGCUCUUCGCGGCCCAGCAGCUGCAACUGCAACACCAGCAGCACCAGCAACUGCAACACCAGCACCAGCAGCAGCAACAACAGCAGCAGCAACAGCAACAGUAUAGCUACUACUUCAGUCGCGGCAGCACCAACACCGAUCUGGGUCUCGGACUGGGCCUGGGCUUCGGUCUGGGCAGCGGCAAUCUAGCCAGCUGGUACCAUCUGCCCUCCACGUCGGCGCACAUCUAUAUUGGAACGACCAGCAGCGGCGGUGCAGCGGGCAGCACUCCCUAUCCCCCGUAUCCGUACCGCAGCGUGGGCGGCUAUUCCGGCGGCGGUUAUCCGGCGGCGGCGCUGAUCAACUUCGAUGCCUCGCCCACGCCGUUGUUAGCGUCAGCGGGAAGUUCACCGGGCUAUCUGCCACCGUUGGCCAUUCCGGCCGCCCUACCGCCACCACCGCCGGCGCCGAGUGUAGCCACCGACUAUUACUUCAGCAGUCGCAGCACCCGGACCGUUCCGCCCCCCAUACCGCCCACUCCGGCGGCCGUUGCAGCAGCGGCAUCGACAGCAGCUGUCUCCACCUCGCCGUUCCGGGAGUACGGCGGAAGUGCGGCGGAGGAGCUGCAAGCUGGCGGCUAUCGCUACAAGGCCACGCCCCGCAGGCGGUACGACGCCUACGACAACUACGGCUAUCUGCCGGGCUUCGCCAGCACCACUGAGGACGAGGAGGACCUGCUCGAGGAGUGCCUGCCGCAGGCCCUGCUCUCCACGGACUGCUCGAGUCUCGAGGAACUGCGCUUCUUCCACUUGCAGGAGGAGGAGGACGAGGACGAGGAGGACGACGAGGAGGUGGCCACGCAGCUGGCGCACAUCCUUGACCUGCCGGACUUUCUGCAUCCCUACGGCAGCAGCGGCCGGGACAGCCUGCACAGCCACAAGACGCCGCCGCAACACGAGUACCAAACGGAGCACGGCUCAGCCGCAGCGGGAGGAGCAGCAGGAUCAGCGGGCUCGGCAGGAUCGGCAGCGGGUAGGAGUGUCCACGAGGAUCAGCGCUAUCAGCCCUACCAAUACCAACAGCAGCAGCAGCAGCAGCAGCAUCAUCAGCAACAGCAACAUCAGCAACACCAGCAGCACCAGCAACACCAGCGACAGCAGCAGCAGCAACAUCAGUCGCACUACCCACAGCAACACCAGCAAUUCCAGCCGACGCAGCAGCAACUGCAGCAGCAGUCCUACCACUCCUACCAAUACCCUUCGCAGGACAGCUGCGAGGGCUUCAACCAGUUCGCCACCAACGCCAGCAGUUGCCUGGGCAACCAGAGAAUGAUGGUUAGCAAAUUGUGGAACAGCUGCUUCCCGGAGUUCACCCCGGACCAUGUGCAUCGCCACAACUUUUACCUGUGCCAGUGGCAGCGCAACACGCAGGUGCGCAUCGUGUACCUGUUCUACCGCUGGAUAACGGCCAUCACCUGCCUGGCGGCGCUGGUCUGCUCUUUGCUGGACAUCGGGCGCACGGACGAGCACUUCGAGCACCACUAUGCCAAGUGGUGGAUCUACCUGACCCACUGGGGCCUGCUCUUCUGCACGGUGCAGGCCUGGCUGGCCGCCUGGAUAGUCACCCAGGGUAUGAUGGUGGAGCGCGAGGACUUCGAGAUCGUGCGCCAGGCGAAGAAGAGCCGCCUGCACCACCUCUACUGGGUGCUCUACACCUGUGCCACUGUCUAUGCGUUCAUCGUCACCAUGUGCUACUGGCUCUUGGUCCACAAUCCCGAGAUUCACAAGAUUGAUGCGCUAAACAUAAUGGUGCAUGUGCUCAACACGAUUAUAAUGCUGAUCGAUUUGGCCAUUGUGGGGCACCCGAUAAAGAUGAGCCACGCCUACUUCACCACCGGCAUCGGCCUGGCCUAUGCCAUAUUCACGGGCAUCUACUUCUUGGCCGGCGGCACAGACAGGAAAAACCAAACUGCCAUCUAUCCGAUGAUGGACUGGACCAAGCCGGGCAAGGCGAUCAUUGUGACGGCCUGUGCGAUCAUCUUCACGUUUUUUGUGCACUUCUGCUGCUACCUCUUGUACCGCGGCAGGGUGUGGCUCUUCACCAAGCUCUGCAUCCGCGGGCGUCACAAUCGCGAUGGGGAAAUGGGCGAGGGUCUCAACGAUGACUCUGGAUCCCGCAUGGGCGGCGCAAGCGGUGGAGGAGGAGGAGGAGGAGGAAUCGGAGGCGGAGGAGUAUCCGCCAGUGGCGGAGGAGCAGCUGGUGGCCUGAUGGCUGCCGCUGGCGAUGUGGGCAGCAGCCAGGACUACGCCCACCAGCAGCAGUAUCCCAUUGCCCACACGGAGCAGCCGAGGGCGGGCAGCCAUAGCCACCACCACCAACAGCAGCAGCAGCAGCAGCAGCCGCCGGGCAGCUACCAGCUGCCGCCGCAGUACUCCGGAUAUCUGCAGCAGCCGGUGGUGGCCGGGGUCAAUGUGGGCGUGAUCAGUGCCGAGGGCGUGUACCAGCCCAUUGGCACGGACACUGGACGCACCAGUGGCGGCGGUCCGGAGGGCAAGCACAAGUCAUCCGGCUCGGGAUCGGCAACUGGUGGAGCUGGUUCCGGAUCUGGAGCAGGAGCAGGAGCAGGAUCUGGUGCGGGAUCUGGUGCUGGAUCGGGCUCGGCCUUGACGCGCACCGUGGCCCACCUGGAGGCGUCGCAGCGGGAGCAGUUCCUCAACCCCAACAAGAUUGUCGAGUACAAGAUGUAA